AUGGGUCAACUUCAAGUGUCUCACAGAGGCAAGGCUGUAAGGUAUGAGAACAAAGCAUAUAGUGAGGAGUUGGAUGAAGAAGUGGGAGAUGGAGAGAAGCACUUACACUUUGAUGUAACGGAGAUGCUCCUCAACACAGUGGUGGGAUUCACUUCCAAUCACACCAUGAAGGUCCUGGACCAGUCGGAUUUGAAGUUGGUAGAUACGAGGAGAUUUGAGAUCAUGAUGGGGAAUUUGCAGGCCAUUGUGGUUGACACUAUAGUGUCUACAGGUGGUAGAGGAUUUCAUUCCCUUGGAUUUGGGAAGCAUUGUUGUGAUUCUGAGAAUGAAGUGACUACAUAUGAUAAGAGAGACGAAGUAUCAUGGGUUUCAUUUCAUGCAGGACCCAAUUCUUCAGUUUUGGAGCUUGCAGAUUCCAUUCAUGCUGCUCAAAUGGCCGAGGAACCUGAUGGAAUAGAAUGGGAUUAUCCAAAGCCUCGUUUUGAGGCUGCAGAAGGAUCCAGCUACUGUUCCAGAAAGAAGAGGAGGUUAAUUGAAGUAAAACCAAAGUUGAGGAAUAGCUGCCUCUCGAAAAGGAGAAGGGAUUAUGUGAGAAAAUCUACCAUGGAUUUUGAUGAUGCUUCGAUGUCCAUUCCAAAGCCAAUGGUGGGUUUUGGCCUCCCUAACGAGAAGUGCAUUGCACGAAGAAACCUCCCAGAUGCAGCCAUUGGCCCCCCAUAUUUCUAUUAUGAGAAUGUCGCUCUCGCACCCAAGGGAGUUUGGGAAACCAUCUCACGAUUUCUCUACGAUAUUGAGCCUGAAUUCGUCGACUCGAAGUACUUCUGUGCCGCCGCCCGGAAGAGGGCUUACAUCCAUAACCUCCCAAUUGAGGACAGGUUUCCUCUCCUCCCCAUUCCUGCAAAAACCAUCCAAGAGGCUUUACCCAUGACAAGGCGAUGGUGGCCUCAAUGGGACAAGAGGGUUCAACUCAAUUGCCUGCAGACUUGCAUUGCCAGUGCUAAGUUGACAGAAAGGAUCAGAAAGGCUUUGGAAAACUAUGGUGAUAAUCCUCCGGCAAGUGUGCAAGAGUACGUGCUUGCGGAAUGUAGGAAGUGGAACCUUGUGUGGGUGGGGCAUCAUAAGGCGGCGCCGCUUGAACCCGAUGAAGUUGAGAUGUUACUUGGUUUCCCAAACAAUCAUACCAGAGGCGGCGGCAUUAGCAGGACUGAUAGGUACAAAUCAUUGGGGAAUUCAUUCCAGGUUAAUACUGUGGCCUACCAUCUUUCUGUCCUGAAGAAGAUGUUUCCUAAUGGGAUCAAUUUGUUGUCUCUCUUCUCCGGCAUUGGUGGAGCUGAAGUAGCUCUCCACAGACUGCAAAUCCCUUUGAAGACGGUUGUAUCCGUUGAGAAGUCAGCCAUCAAUAGAAAUAUAGUGAGAAGUUUUUGGGAGCAGACUAACCAGAAGGGAAAUUUGAUUGACCUGGAUGAUGUGCAGCAGCUUGACGGGGAUAGGCUCGAAAGUUUGAUGAAGCAAUUUGGACCGUUUGAUCUGGUUAUCGGCGGAAGUCCGUGCAAUAACUUGACGGGUAGCAACCGUUACACUCGAGAUGGUUUAGAGGGAGAGCAUUCUUCUCUUUUUUACGACUACUUUCGUAUUCUUGACCUUGUUAAGUCCAUAAUGGCAAAGAAUUUGUGAUACCAUUGAAGUAAAUUUCAUGUUGAUGUUGUCAUUUAUUCUCUUUCCAUUAU